UACUGGAAGAAGCAGCGUCUGGACAUUGCCAGGGGUCCCUAGCAACACUGCGGCUUUUGAAAUCUGAGGGGGAAAGACUGUGGAGUCAGCGGGUAGUGGAAAAGCUCCGGUGCCUGAGGAUGAGCAGGGUCUCGGGAUGGAUGGACACGCCACCCUCUGAAGAACACGUAGAUUCGCAAAACAAAAAACUGGAAAACCAAGAAGAGGAGAUGGGAUUUAAGGAACUGGACGGUCUGAGGGAAGCCUUGGCAAACCUCCGGGGACUGUCGGACGAGGAGAAGAGUGAGAAGGCGAGGCUUUGCUCCCGCAUCCACGAGCAGUCCCAGCUCAUCUGCAUCCUGAAACGGAGGUCCGAUGAGGCUCUGGAGCGCUGUCAGGUGCUGGAACUGCUCAACGCAGAGCUGGAGGAGAAGAGGAUGCUGGAGACCGAGAAGCUAAAGGCCAAGAGUGAGCUUGCCCAGAAGCUGGAGGAACGCUUUAUGACCCUGGCAGCCAACCACGAGUUGAUGAUCCGCUUCAAGGACGAACACAAGAGUCAGAACAUCAAGCUGAGAGAGGAGAAUGAGAAGCUGAGGCUGGAGAACAGCAACCUCUUCAGCCAAGCUCUGAAGGACAAGGAGACUAAAGUCCUGCAGCUCGCCGCCCGAAGCAAGGCCCUGGCCGAAGAGCUGCAGACUCUGAAGGAGAGGUACGACCAGGAGGCCAUCAGGGCACAGGCCCGAGAGAAGGAGCUGCUGGAGCUGCAGAGCAAGCAGGCACGCGCCCACGCCAAGGAGACGGAGCAGCUGCGCAGCCAGCUGCAGAGCCUCAAGCAGCAGCACCAGGAGGCCACAUCGCAGAUGGCAAAGGCCGAGCAGGCCCACAGCAGCCUGAGCCAGGAGCUGCAGGCCAGGCUGCAGAUGGUCACCCGGGAGAAAGAGGAGCUGCUGCAGCUGUCCAUGGAGAGGGGCAAGGUGCUUCAGAGCAAGCAAGCAGAAAUCCGCCAGCUUGAGGAGAAGUUGGAGACAGCAGAUGUGGCCAGGAGACAAGCACUAGAGCGGUUUGAGCAAGAGGCGGUGGCUGUGGACAGUAACUUGAGAGUCCGGGAACUUCAGCGCAGGGUAGAUGGGAUCCAGAAGGCCUACGACGAGCUCAGGCUACAGUCAGAAGCCUUCAAAAAGCACAGCCUGGAUCUUUUAAGCAAGGAGAGGGAACUCAAUGCAAAACUCCGCCAUCUCUUCCCAUAAGGAAGCUUCUGCUUCCUCUGGCCUCCAAUGCAGAAAUCAAAUAUUUGUGCCUUAGCAUUAUGGCAAGAGUAAAGAUGGUUUUGCAUUUUUUAAAAAUAUUUUUAAGCACAAAAAGCACCUCAAAGAAAAGCUAUUUUACUAUGAUAUUGUUGUUGUUGACUUGUAAGGCUAAUACUGUUUCAGUCAUACCACUUAGAAUACGUGUCAUUUACUAGAUUGUGUUCUGUGCCUUUGAAAUCUUCCUAAGUGUGCUAUCAGUAUCUCUACCUCUCCCAUAAUAUACUAUUUAUUCUUAACCUCAGAUAUUUUCAUAUGGCCUAUGAUUUUAAAUUAGCAUCUCCUAUAGAUUUAAGUAAAUAAAUAUUAAAUGUGCAAUCAGAUGUGCUAUUGUGAAAAAAAUUAGUAUAAUAAGCCCUUGCAGAUAGGUAGGUUUUUAGUCUCCUAUAGUUGAGAUGGUAAGCUUUAACUGUGAACAACAUAAUAAUAGCAUGAUCAACUUGCAGAAAGUGUCUGAUUUUGCAACAGGCCUAACAAUUGCUUGCAUCACUAGCUUUACAACAGUUUUCUUUUUAUUUUAUUCGCACCAGUUUGGAAAACACAGAUUGACAUCAUUAAGCAAAUUUUAUUGUAGUCCUUCUGUAUUAGCAAUAAGAUUCAGAUAAGUGCAAUCAACUAGUUUUGAUUUUUUUCUUGUGAACUUAGAUCGCAUUCCAUUUUCUUGGCUUUUGUUUCCUUAAUAAAAACAGGAUUUAGAGAUACAAGAAGGCAAAAAUAUCAGCAGUUUCAUCUAAUAGUGUUGACUACUUACAGAAGGCCCCAAUUUGGGAUAACAAAUCAUAGCAGACUGGAUAGAUACAUAUAGAAACUAAUAGUGAUUCUUUUGUUUUUAUUAGCACAAGGGGUUUUUUGCAAUUAGCUUUUUCCUUUUUUGAAACUUCUAAACAGAAUGUGUAUAUGUGUACUUAAGCAUUUUUGUAGGAAUACUAAAUAUGUAGUUAUAAGAACAAAAUAGUUAUAUAUUUAUACAAAUAUAUAUAAAUAUAUUAUAUUUAUAUUAUAAAUAUAAUAUAAGAGGUAGUUAUUAAAGUACACUUUAUGCUCCCUUAUUUC